AAAAACCACAACUCCCAUGAUCCUCUGCGGCCCUGGUAAGGCGUGACGUCACGCUGUCUGCGGCGCCUCAGUGUUGUCUUUGUGCGGAGCGACGCGGAGGAGGAGAUGUUUGAUGCGGACGACCCGGUCUCAGAAAACACAUGAACAAGUGCUUUUGAGAAGCCAAAGAGGGCAGGCAGCCAUGCAGAGUCCGACCCAGUCCAACAGCGGGCCCAACUCUGUGACCACAGCAACCACGGUGCAACCACUGGACACCGAGCCUGAAGAUCAGCCAGCAAAGACUGAACCAGAUGCACAAGAAGAAGGGGAGAAUAAAUCAGCUACUCCAGAAAGAGUAAGCAGCACGCCACAGGAGAAUGGUAUUGGGGUGCAAACAGCAGAAACACCUGCAAGUAUGGCAGUCACACAGGCAGUGAAUAAGCCUGCUGUCCAGCCACUGACAGAGCCCUCAGUUAUCACUGCAGGGACGGAGACAGACUCUGCUUCAAAGCCAAGUGCCCCCACAGAACCGGCACCUGACAAACAUGCAAAUUCUCGGUGUGAUGAGCAAAAGGCAAAGAAACCGGACAAAGGUGUACGUGAUGGGAGGAAAUACGUUCCUUCCAAGAAGGCCAUGGUGGAUCCUCUAAAAAUGGACAUGACCAAACCACUAGUUAUGCCUCUCACAUCGUCUCAGCUCUCCCUGCAGUGCAUCGAGUGCCACAUAAUCUUCAGCGAUCACAAGAGCAAAGAGCGUCACCUGAAGCUGAGCCACCCAGCGGAAUAUGAACAGUGCAUACUGAGGAACGCCCUUUUCGCCUGUUACGUUUGCGACCGCCACUUCACAAACUCCACAGAGCUCAUGGUCCACCAGAAAGCCCACACGGAGAAGAAACCCUUCAAGUGUCCGAUCUGUGCACUGGCCUUCAAAAAGUCGUCGGAGCUCACCCAUCAUAAAAAAAUUCACUUUGGCCAGGACGGUUAUGCCUGCACUGACUGUGGCAAACCGUGCAAAACAAUGACAUUGCUGAAGUAUCACCGCCGCACGCACACUGGAGAGAGGCCGUAUGUCUGCAAGGAGUGCGGGAAGAGGUUCACCAUGCCCAAAGCUCUGCAGAAACAUAUGGUGUCACACUUGCCGGAGGGAGCUGAAGGAGAUGGGGGACACGCCGCAGCUAAAGCACAACCGAAGAAAGAUGAUGGUGCUGCUCCAAUAAAGUAUCCUUGUUCUGUAUGCAAGGCCACUUUCAAGAGUACCAAGACGCGGCUACAUCACAUGAAAACUAAGCACAACCUGUUGCCUGCUGCAGCCAGUAAGGCCCUCCCAGCUGGGCAGCAAGUUAAACAAAGUAUACCCAUCAUAACUCCAAUAUCUAUUUGUCAAUCAGCGUUACUACAGAUGGGGCCCAAUGGACCUCUGCAAAAAGUUGAUGGCAAUAUUGACACAGAGCAGAUUCGCAGGCUUAUUGAAUCUUUGGGAAAUGUGCAGAAAGUAAACCAAGUUGUCAUAUUGGGGCAGGUGCCACCUCAUGCUCUGCCACUGGAAGUGCAGCAGAUAUCGCAACUAGCAGAAACAGUGAAUUUGAAUCUCAAUCCACCACAGAUAGAUUUUAUGGGACUGAAACAGACGGAAUCGAGGAUAAUUGAUUUGGACCCUUCAAAUAACCCAUGUGAUUCAAUGGAGCAAACAAUUAUACUGGAACCUAUUACGCCAGAUGAACAGUUGGAAAACCCCUCUUUCUCAGAACUAGGUUCCCACUUAGCAGUAGGUGAAAAUAUAGAGCUAAGAUACGUUCAGACUGAACAUACAGAGAGAUCUGAGGGAGAGGUGAUGCAUCAGAUCCUUCAACAGCCCAACAUUAGUGCAAUUCAGUCUGAUCCUAUGGAUCAAAUUAUUUGUCAGAAUGAAGAAGAGCAAAACCUUGAGCAAACAGUCAUAUUAGAACUCAUACCAACUGUGGAGUUGGAAGAAUCCCAAACUGUGCAACAAAAUGAAAUCCCGUCCUCCUCUCUGGUACCAACCACUGACCUGGAGAAGACUGCAGAUCAGGCUUUAUUAGAUGGGCAAGAGAGCAGCCUGUCAGCCCCACCACUUAUGACUACAGUUGAGCUGGAGCUGACACCUUUACAAACAGAGCAACAGGGCCUUCCGUCCUGCCCUUUUGUUCCACCAGACACGCUCACACAAACGACAAGUGAAUCUGAAUGUAAUCUCAAAGAAGAGGUUGGUUCACAGAUGCAAACAGUAAGUCUAGACCAGGGCCACCCUGUGAUGGAUGGAGCUGCACCACAAAAGACACAGGAAAAAGCUGAACAAGAACCGUCUGAACAAGAACCGUCUGAGAAAUUGCUGGUAGAUGGCAAAGAGGGUCAGGAGCAGGUGGAGAACCUGUCUAAAGUAGACGAUCCGCCUGCUAAAGAAGAGGUUCCAUCACACUUAGAGACCAAGCAGGUGCCACAGAUGUCAGAGUUACCUGUAAAUGUAAUGUCGGCUCAAGAACUGGUGAAAGUGCGGAAAAGAAAGCCAACGAGGGCGUUUAUCUUUCAAGGAUAUAUGCAAGAACUGGUCGGAUCCAUAUACGAUGAUGAUUUACAAAUUGAUGCCACACCUGCCAAACGGCAAAGAACAAAAAAGUCUCGCCUUGUUGUUAAAUUUGGUCCACAAAGCAAAGAGAAGAAAAACAAGAAACAGAAGAAGCCAUCUCAGCCGUGUCAGCCAACGCGGGAAGAAGGGAUAAGAGGUAAAACAACAAAUCUCUCAGAGAAAAAGGCACCGUUACAGAAGAAGGGAAGGAAGGGAAAAAGGGACAAGAAAUUGGGAAAUUUGGUAUCUACCGCUGAAAUAAAAUCACCUUCAUCAACCCAGGACCCACAAGUCCAAAAAAUCAAAGGGGAUACAAGAAAAAAGAAAAAUAAAAAGCAAAAAGAAGUGGCCAGGGAGGGUGUGACGCCCAUAAGUGAGCACACAACUGUACCCUCGCCUGUAUUUAAAAAGAAAAAACAAACAAAAAUAAUGCGAAAAGAUCAGCCCAAGAAUGCAAAGGAUGGGAAGCGAAAGAAAAACCUGGCAAAAGAGGAAAAAGUCAAUCCAAAAACAAGCGCAGACAUACCUGGACCACAAAUAACGCAAGACGCACUACUUCUACUGAAAGGUCAUAAACAGCCUCAACUGAAAGUUUACAAGUUAGACCCUUCAAAGGCAUCAAGCCAGACACAGGAGGCUUCACCUCAGGAGGCCCAAACAACGUCCCAACAGAGUAAAGACAACAAACUCAAACAUUCAAUAAGUGAAGCAGAAAGUAAGAAAAAAGGAGGAAGACCCAAAAAGAGCCAGAAAGCUCUUUCGUUGUUGUCCUCGCUACAGGUUUCCCGUCAAACACCUGAGACGCUGGCCGCCAAGCCAAAGACCACAAGGAAACGUAAAUCUUCCCCCAAAGUAGAGACCGAAGGAGUGAUAACUUCUCAUUCCAAGCGUGCCUUAGAGUGUAAGGAAUGUGGGCAAAGAUUUAGCGAAGUCUCGUCCCUUCAGAAGCACAAGGCGUUGGUGCAUAUCGUAGAGAGUCCUGGUCUCACUUACACCAAUGGGAACAUCUUUGAAGGCGUCUCCAGGUUGGAUCUUUACCAGCUUCCAAAACAGCAUGACACGGUUGUUGGGGUUAUGAAUGCUGCUACAGACUGGGAUACUGAGCCUGAGAUUGCAGAGAUGGCAUUAGAGGAGAGAGAGCGAAGUGUCUCUUUUCCAGCUUUGAUUCCAUCCCCAUCCUUACCUGUUCCACCCUCAGAUGUUGAAGCGAGUGCCUAUGAAAAUAAGGCUGGAACCCAAGCAGCUGAUCAAUCUCAUACCUCUCCAGAAGUUCACUCACCAUCUGAUCAAAUGAAAACCAGUGAGACCCCUCCAAACUUCACAUCUGAACCCCCUUUAAGUGCCUCUACUCAGACAAAGAGUUCGGAGUCAGGAGAGCCUUUGGCAUCAGAUAAGGACAAGCCAGAAGAAGGUAUGCCGAGGAAUCUGAGCUCCGAAUCUGAAGUCCAGGGUACCACGGAUGAAGACAUCAAGGAGGAUUUACAUCUCGAGAUAGUCACUGUUGGGGAGCAGAAUGAGAGAGAUGAACCAACCCCUCAUGAAGACACUGUUCCCCAAAAUGAAUCAAGUGGAACCUGCAAUUCUGAAAGUGGAAGCACUGACAAACUACCUGGGCAAGAUAGUAAUGAAACAACAACUGGAAGAAGCCUAACUUCACACACUGUGUCGUGCUCCACUCAUCAAGUGGAGAUCAAAGAAGAGGAGGAAGAACUGUUAGUCCAAAAGAAAAGAGAAGGAGGGAAAGGAGCUGGUUCGAGGAAUGCUACAAGGGGUAGGAGAAGAGGAACAGGACGUCUAAAACGGGACACGAUAUCAAAGAGAGUUUCAGUUGGAGAUACCGCCAGAGGAGCAGAACCGGAGAAAGAACAGGAUGGAUGUCAGGUAGUUUACGAAAGACGUCCCAUCAGCUCUGAUUCAGAAAUGAAUGACGAAGGCGACACCGGCACAAAGACUUCUAAGCCAGAGACCAGUCCUGAGGUCAACAAAGCUACUGCUCCUGUCGCAUCUUUGCCUUCCAUGUCCUCUACAUUAGAGGCAUCUCCUGAAGAGCAAGUCGUGUUUGAGCUGGAGUCGGUUACCCCUAGUGUUGAGAAGAUAAUGAAUCCAAGAAGACUGCACAGAGGAGAAGAACACGACAGGGAGUCUGACCAGUCUCCAGGCAUCAUACUUGAGAAGGUCAUCGCCUCUGGACAGAGAGUGACUGCUGACGACGAGCCGUGCCUGAUGACAUCGAGGAUCAAUCGCAAACAGGGUUUGGACAGCAUUGCUGAGAAUGAAGCCCUCGGGAGCCAGGAGAUCAAGGUUGAGGAGAACAUCUCAGAUCCACCACUGGUUGCACCUACCUGUCAAAACAAACAGAGUGCCAGUGUGCAACCGCAGCACCAUAGUGAUAUAAGGACUGUUCUGGUGAAGGAGGAGAGCAGCCUCGUGCUGAACGAGACCCAGGCCACGCCGGGCAGUAGACACAUCCGAUGGAAUGUGGAGCCAGUCAACAAUGAAAACACCACCAGUCCAUUAAUGGAGAGUGGGGAAACGACGAUGGACGAGGGUUGCGUCACGCCUGAGUUCAACACCAACCAGUGUAUCUUCUACCCGGUGAAGGAGGAGGAGAGGGAGGUUCUGCUCGGAGCUGUUCAGACCAACAGUGGGAGUUUAACAACGGAUGCUCUGCAGACAGAACAUCAAGCAACAGAUAGUAAUUUAAAUGAAGGGAGCCACUCUACACCAGACUACCAGGAAAUGAGAGUGAGAGGACUAUUGUCAGAACCGAGGGCCAGUGACUUUGCAGAUGGACAAGCUGAGGCAGAUGCCGAGUUGAAGCAUCCACCAGACCUCCGGGACUUUCUCCUCCAGAGUUCUGAUGAAGAGGAUGUGGGUGAUUUUGAAUUAUCUGAUCCUCAGCUUGACUCAGAAGCAGAAGUUAUGGCCUAUUUCUACAAGAACAAAACAAACAGCGCGCAGCAGCCAGAUGAAAUGUCCCAAAAUUUGCCACCUUCAACGAGCCAGCUCCAAGCACCAAGAGAGGAAAACAGGACCAGAGAGCCCAUCGACUACUUCUCCAACUACUUUGGAUGGGAUACCUGGGAAGAAAUUGCCAAUUGCACAAAUAAACUCUCCAACAUGCCCAAACCUGUCACAGCCAGAGAGGUUGCACAGUUUGUUGGGAUCCACAUCGCAAUGGGAACUUUAAAGUUUCCCAGUCCGAGGCUCUACUGGGAAGACUUGACUAAGGUGCCCUUGAUUGCAGAAGCCAUGCCACUUUCCCGUUUCCUCGAGCUGUCUCGCAUGUUGAAGCUUGCCUCUCCUGCGAAGGAUCCAGUCAGCAGUAACGUUCAGGGAACAAGACAUGAUAGUGACUUUCAAAAUGCACAGCGAGGUGAAACUCUCUCAAGCAGGCAAAGUGAAACGUGUCAGCGUAGUGACGGGCAGAUGCCAAAUGAGCUCAACAGUUCAAAAACACAGACUGAUCCGCUGUGGAAGGCUCUGCCAUUAUUGUGCCGUUUCAAAGCCGGGUGCCAGUCACUGAGACGAGAGGGUGAUUAUGCGGUUGACCAAUAUCCACUUCCUUUGACUGGGAAGAUGAACAAUAAGAAACUGUCUCUUUAUUGCACUACAUUAAUUGGAUUUGGCGGUUUGGUCUUACAUGUGGAUCUCAAGUUGGGUCUGUCCGGCAAAGAAGAUGCUGUUGAAAAAAUGGUCCCCAAAGGUAGCAUGGUGUUUCUCUGCAAACAGGAACUCUCCACGCCUGCUAUGUUGGAGCGUCUGUUAGCCGCUGGGGUUCACGGCGCAGGACGGGUCGGAGGAGCCCGAGGACAGAUCGGAGAUGAGUUCGUAAGCUCAGACGGGAAGCUGAUGUUACGCAGAUCACACUGUGGCUUCAUACUUUCUACGGCGGGAAACGGCCAGAGGAACAUGGCGUCACUCAUUGACAACUUUGAGAAGGCCCAGAUGUCCGCUCAUCUCAACAGAGAUUUGCAGAAUCUUUACUCCAUCCCUCUCACUGCCUCGGCCCCAACCUGCUGGCCUCAGGCGGUACUCUGGUACCUAACAGAUCUGGCUUUGGUCAACUCCUGGCUCCUAUACAGACAGGAUCACGGGACAGCGUCUGCACCAUUGACUCUCAUGGCCUUCAGAUUGGAGGUGUCCAAGGUUUUGAUUCGCUCCAGCGGCUCCGAUACCCAGGACUCAGUUCCCCCUAAACCCCCCAAAGAGAAGGCUCAUGCAACAAAUGAAACCCCCAAUCCUGGCCUGGUGGAGGAGAGUCCUAUGCCCGACGCAGCCACGCGGUACGACGGUUCAGGCCACUGGCCAGAGCAGCUCGGGGAAGGAGAAGGAGGCAGGUGUCGCUUUGGGGACUGUCAGAGAACAUCUCGAGUGCUAUGCCUUAAGUGCUGCGUCUUUCUUUGUAUCUCACGCAACCACAACUGCUUUUUGAAUUUCCAUAAUCAAGGGACUUUGGGAGAAGAGUAGCGUCCACUUCAGAGCUUACCCUUUAUUUCUCAACAUUUUGCUUUCUGAUUUAGAAUGUAAAUGUCCUUUUCGGUGUAUGAAAACCCAGCAAGAAAUAGUUAUCUCCUCUGUCCUUAAAACUGUCCUUCCAUGAUGCCUUUCACUGGCGGUGGUAUUCUUUUGAAGGAUUAUUUGUGUUUGAAAAGCAAAUGCUUUGUGAUGUGUAUUUCAUUAAGCAAGUGUAAAAAUGAAAUUGCCUUCCGAAGGAAAUGUCAAAAAAUAUGCAUAGCCAUACACUUUGUGCUGCAAAAGAAGCACAAAAUAUGAUUUUUGACAUUGCAAUUACCAUGAUUCUUUUUUACUAUUUAUUUCUACCUGACUGAAUUUACAUUCCAUGAUGAGCUCGUUUUUAGCUCUAUGAAUUUAAACAUUAUUUAUUUGAAUUUCAGAAAACAAUAAAAGACAGAUGAAAAAACA